AUGACCGUGCCUGACACUCUCGGCGCCAUGGGGUACACUGACGCGCCCCCGAGCGACGCAGAUGAAUCGAGCAGGCUGCGCGGCGGCGAGAGCGCGGCCCUUGCGCGACUCGACGCCGCCGUGUGCGCCCGCGCCGGAUGGGUGUGCGCGUUUUCCAAGCCCGAUACCAAUCCCCUCCCGUACUCGCCCGGCAGCACGACGAUGCUCUCGCCCUACCUCUCGCUUGGCUGCCUCUCGUGCCGCACAAUGCACGCUGCCCUCGACGCCAUCGUGCGCCAGGCGGAGGGACAACACACGACGCCGCCACAGUCGCUGCACGGCCAGCUCUACUUUCGGGAGUUCUUUCACCUUCUGAGCGCCUCGAGCCCGCACUUUGGCCAGACGCGCGACAACCCGCUGUGCCUCACGGUGGAAUGGCGCGACCCCGCCAGAGACGCCAACGCGGCUGAGGCCCUCCGCCGCUGGGAGGGGGGCACGACGGGCGUCCCGCUCAUCGACGCCGCCAUGGUGCAGCUGAAGGAGGCGGGGCGCAACGUCUUUGACCGCCACCUCUUGGAUGCGGACUGGGCAAUCAACAGCGCCAACUGGAUGUGGCUCUCGGCCACCUCCUUCUACACCUAUCACCGCGUCUACUCGACGGCCCACUUCGCGCGCAAGUAUGACCGCAGCGGCAGGUACGUGCGGAAGUGGCUGCCAGCCCUGCGGCGGAUGCCCGACGAGUACGUGUAUGAGCCGUGGAAGGCGCCGCUCACGGUGCAGCGUGCAGCGAGCUGCAUCGUGGGAGUGGACUACCCGCUUCCAAUCUGCGAUCCGGAGAGCGCUGCGGCGGCCAACUUGACGCGCAUGGACGCGUGCUAUCGCAAGGCGCCGGAGGAGUGGAAGGCGCUCAUUCCGCCCGCAGCAGCGGCAGAGGUGGCACGCGAGCGCAACGUGAACGCCGACGGCGCUACCACCGUCACCGAACACGGCGCCACUUGCCCAUGCGCCACCUGCGGGAUCUAG